GCCCUCUGAUUCAGAUAUAGACAUAACGAGGUUCUAAUAGCGCUCUUCCUCGUUGGCGUAGAUCUCUGUUCUGCUGCCUCUGAUGGAGAACAAGAAGCUGACCAUCCCCGGGAGAGAGGACUGCAUCGACGUCGCUCCCGGCUUCCAGUUCUUCGCCACCAGAAGGAUGUACUACAGCGGGGGCAGCUGGUACCGGCCCCAGUCCAGCCACGCCGCCCUGCUGGACAAGUACUGGACCAAGGUGCCGGUGGGCAACAUGCCCCGCGAGGAGCUGAAGAAGGUACUGACCUCCAGGUACUCCGGCCUCACGGUGGUGGCAGACCGCCUGCUGGACAUCUACUGCCAGCUGACCGGGGAGCGCCACGCCGACCUGGACCCCGUCCGGCCCGGGAGCCCCCCCGCGCCCCUGGAGGACGCCCCCCCGCAGACCCGGACCGAGGACCGGACCUCGGCGCUGGAGGGGCGGGCCCUGUCGCUACGGGACCUCCUGAAGUGGUGCGAGAGGAUCAGCAGCGACUUCGACAGCUCCUCCUCUGCCACGGCUCAGCGCGUCUUCCAGGAGGCCCUGGACUGCUUCACGGCGAUGCUGUCCCGCUCGGACAGCCGGCUGCGGAUGGCCGAGGUCAUCGGGAGCAAGCUCAACAUCUCCAAGGAAAAGGCGCAGCAUUCGUCCAGAUGUACCAGCCCGGGAUCUCCCUGGAGGAGCUGGAGGUGUCUGUGGGCCGCGUCACGCUGGAGCGCAAGCAGAGCCCCCUGGUGCAGAUCUCUGUGGAGAACCAGACGUUCGCGGCCACGCGCCCGUCGGCGGUGUGCUGGGAGCAGCUGGCCGUGUGCGUGAACCAGGGGGAGCCGGUGCUGCUGGUGGGGGGAGACGGGCACCGGGAAGGGACCUCCACCGUCCAGUACCUGGCCGGCAUCACAGGACACAAGCUGAGGGUGGUGAACAUGAACCAGCAGAGCGAUACCGCCGACCUGCUGGGAGG